CACACUUCCAUAAAACACACACAAUGGUAGGCACAAAGCUAGUAGCCCUCGGCUAUGUUUUCCUCUUGAGCAUUGGACUGGCCAAUGCUGCAAGGGUGGUUAGAUUCGGCAGUGGAAGCGCCACGGGAACGGGAGAGGGAGGAGGAGAGGGUGGGGGAAUUGUGAGUGGUGGUGGCUCGGGUGCUGGGAGUGGAACUGGGUCUGGCGUUAGUUCUAGUAGUGGUAGCCAUGCAAGCGGUGGAGGUGGAGGUGGCGGCGGAGGCGGUGGCCAAAAUGGUGGAACUGGAUAUGGUAGCGGGUCCGGCUCUGGCUCCGGUUCCAGUCAAUAUAGUCAAGGAUCUUCAUAUCCUUAUGGUGGUGGCUAUGGUGGAUAUACUAGCGCUGGCGGUGCCGGU